CACUUCGUCUCUAUCCGUUUUGCUUAAUGGUUUAUUAGCGGUGAUUACAAGUGAGAUGUUUGUGCGUUUCUGUUCACGAACAUGAGUUUUAAUAGUAAUGCGGUAUUUCAAGAGCACCACGAUCCCAGUAGCAGUCCGAAUAUGAGUGUCAAUCAAUCCAAUUCCCAUAUUAGCGCGCAACAUCUUCAAGAUCACGAACAGUACCCUACGCUCAUUCCUCGACGUCCCGUUCCGGGCUCAGGGGCCUUCAGUGACAGUACAAGAACUUACUCGAACCUUGAGCAUAACCCACCCUCAGAUCUAGAAGUAGCGAAUCGGAAUGUACCUGCACAACAGUACUCGAACCACGACAUCAAGUCACCAUUGUACGGUAGUCCUCCGAUCGGUUUCCAUGGCCCCGAUCAAUCGACACCCAAUAACGACAGGCGGAUAUGUGGCCUAGGUGUGAAGUGGUUCUGGUUGUUACUAGCCUUGCUGUUAUUGGUAAUUGCUGGAGCCGUGGGGGGAGGUGUUGGAGGGUCUGUUGCCAGCAAAGAUUCGAAAAAAUCAGCAGCAACUUCCGCGACUACUUCUGCAUCAUCGUCUCAAAGUACAUCAGCAACUAGUACAUCUUCAAGUAGUACUUCAGCAGCUGGGACUUCGUCUUCUACCCCACUCCCGACAACCAGCUUAAAACUCAAUUCAAUCGCAGCGACUUACACGACUGAUGAGACAACCAAGAGUAGCACCGAUCGACUCGCUCUCCUGUAUCAAGAUGCUACCACGAACGAGAUUGUUUAUCGACUGCUUCAUGAAUCAUCUCUUGUUUCAAUGGCCUUUCAGCCGCCUCAACUCCUGCCAGUGUCCAUACAGCCGAAGGCUUUGUCACCCAUGACAGCAUACGCGACUAUAGACAGCUCAGCAACAACGACUAUCUACUCGUAUUACAUGGAUUCUUCUGAUCAAAUCAUCGAAUGCGUCCUCCUUUGCCCGAACUCCUCGUCUUUGACGUCCUCGACCUGCAGCAUUUCCAGUAACACUAUGAUCUCGACUGGUUGGACCGCACCAUCUUCGACCUCUGACCUCACGAUUGUCAAUACAUAUGAGGGCCCACGCCUGUAUUAUCAGAAUUCAACGGGCUAUUUACAAGAAGGCUUUCAACAUACCAGUGGCUCAGCAUGGACGGGAGACAAGCCAGGUACCCUAUUGAUGCGUGACGGAACGUCCUUGAGCACGUUUAUGAAUACUGUCGCUUCAGAUCUUAUGUUUGGCGUCGUGUACUUUGAUCCGUCUGGUAAUUUGAAAGUGUACAACAACACGGAUCCGGGCAGCUGGAACACUCCUUACACAAUUCUCGAAGCGACCACAGGCCUGAAUUCAAGCUUACCAUUUGGUGCGAGCUACGAGCCUGCGACCGCUGAUAGUAGCGGUGGCUACCUUCGCGUGGAGAUGGUGUCAUCGAAUAAUAUCAUAAAUGAAACUUUUACCAACUCAGGGCAGUGGACGGAGAUCUCCCAGACACCGUGGUCACAGCUGACGAGCGUGGAUGUUGGUAGCGGCUUCUCGGUUGUAAGCUGGCUGGGAAAUGUGAGGAUAUUCUAUGUCAGCACGGGUAUCGUGCAUGUUGCGGUUUUAUCGAGCAUAACUGGGAGUCCGCAAUGGACUCAGGGAACAAUUAAUGGCAGUUAAAGAUGGACCCAGAAUCUGGCUGAAUCGCGAGGCCUCCUUGCUUGAGCUUGCGCCUCCAAUAAUAGGCUCUGCGUUAAGCCGAAAUGGUCAACUGGAGUCCUCCACAAUCUUUGAUCCUCGCCAUGAAAAGACCAAUCGUGCAAAGAGGAGGCACAAACUUGAGGGAACACCGUUGAUAGUAUACAUAGAACUUAGAGAUUGGGGAAUUUUGACAAUAUCUGUAGCUACGAUCAUAUAUGGG